AUGGAGAGGGCUCUCAAACGCCGAACAAUCGGGCCGAAAGAGCUGUCUAACUAUGACAUGAUUGUGUCAAAUCCGCUGGCAACCCGCUACGUUGCCCAAUUCAUGCACCGAACCGGCCUACUUGCCCAGUUUCAACAUACUGAGCAAGAAGAGUCCGAUGAUGAAACCGAAGACCUCGACCUCGAGGUUAUAGUGCAGAGUCCCGAAGACGAUGGGCACUACCCAAUGCUUGCUACUACGGUCGAGGGAGGAGAGAACCUCGAUUCGCUACUGGAAUAUACGGUACCUGACCGGGCGGAUGCUCUCAAUGGCCGGAAAAACAUAACACCUAAUCGAGGAAGAAGUGAAGACGUCGGAGAACUGGGUCUGAUCUUGCUGCAGCAGGAACUAGCUGGGGGCUUGAUAAAGAGGUGCUCACAUGUCUAG